UCAAUCUACCUAACAAGAACGCAUUACAUACAACAUAUCACAACAAGAUUUGAACAAGGAUUGGACAUGGGUGACACACCCAUAUCACCAUCUUCACCACUAGAAGUGGGUUUCACCUCCAAACAUCAAAUUACUCCCAAAUCGUUCAUAACCCAAGACCUAUAUGGUGAUUCUAACACCUCCUCAUACUUAAUUUCAUACUUCUUCAUGGUUUGAUCAUAACCCACUUCUUGAAAAAUCACCAAAUCAAAAUUUAUAACUUGCCACAUGUUCAUUAGCAUGAGAUGGCUUGUAUCAAUGUCAAAGCUACACAGAUUUAAUAUGUUUCAGUUGCAAAUAGGUGGGUUCAUGGAGACAUUCAUAAGAGAAUGUAAUAACGAACUUAGAGAAGAUGUGGAUCAAUUGAUAGAAAUUAUAAAUGAAGCCGAGUACUUUGAUAGGAUGACCACUAGUUCACAUUUUGAAGAUUUAAAACACUUGUUAAAAGAACACAUUGAACAUAUUAGCGAGUACCAAUUUUAUCUAAGGGACUCUCACCUCGAAUUUCUUGAAGAGCAGAGGAUCUUGGCCCUUGAGCUAGCUAAUGCGAGACUAGACGAAGCGUUCAAGUAUUUUCCAGAGAUGACUCUUGUUGUGGAUGGUUUCAAGGAACAACACGACGCAUGUUUACAAGGCAUCACUAACAUGGUGGUGGGAUAUGAAAACAUGACACGUGCAUUGUACAAUCAAAGUAGGUCUACUCUAGUGAUGCACUGGUGGGGCUGAAAGAAAAAAAUAGUGCCUUUAUUGAAUUGCUAAAGAUGGAGCAUGUGAAUAGUAUCUGGGAACCUUUGGAGAUGUAUAAAGAAAGAUACACAAAGUGUAUGUUGAGGUUCCAGAAUUAUGUGAAAAUGGUGGAAGAAUUUGUUAAAGAGGCAUACAAAGAAGUAGUGAAUUUGAAGAAAGAAAUGGCAAAGGUUAGAAGCAAACUUAUAUGUCCAAUACCUUUGGAAACUUUACUAAGUUUGGAUGAGCUUUGGCUUGAAAUAGAACAUUUAGGUCUUAGAGCUAUAUUAGAAAAGCAUGGAAACAAGCUUGAAAAUUGGAAAGAUGGCAUCAAAAGCAUAAAGGAAAUUUUAAAUGAAGUGUUUGAUGAUUUGUAUGCCGCUGAGGUUGUAUGGAGUUCUAUGCAAGUUAAAGGCGUAGUCGAUGUGAGAAGCAUUCAAAAAAAGAGCUUAGUGAUGAAGAAAAAAAUCACAUUGGUUAUUUGACAUAUCAUCAUAAAUCAAUUGUUUUGAUCUGUGUAAGCUUGCUGGAAGAAGAAAAUGAUAUCAUAGACAAUAUCGAUGGUCUGAUAGAGGAGGCAAGCAUGUAAUAUGAAAACUGAUACGGUAUAGUGUUUCGGCAUGUCAUUUUCUGAAAACCACUAGCAAUAUUCAUUGUAUGUUGAUGAAUGACUGACUGCAAUAAUAAGAAACUUUUUAAAUGAAUGGUUUUUGGUUCAGACUAUUGUAUUGUUGGCAUGACUGAACUCACAUUGCAACUGUCGUGUGUUUUUAAUUAUCUUGUUCAGUCAAGUUUUGGGAGAUCCCCCGUCUCGAAUUGGGUCUUUCGUCAUCUUGUAAUCUGUUUUCAGUAAAUAAGAUCAUCUGACUUUUGUUGA